AUGCGCAGCAAGAGCGUGGACAACUUCUUCCAGCGCCCCAGCAACGGGGAAGUCCGCCUGCCCUCUGGGAUCAUCCGCGAGCCUCCGCUGACCUCCUCGCCACCACCCUUCGGGGAGACGCCCCUGACCUGCGAGCGCUCACCCUCCCUCUCCCCUUCGCUCAGCCCCAACCCCUCGCUUUCGUCCCGCUCGCCCUCCCUCAGUCCCUCCCUCUCCCUGACCUCCAAAGCCCAGCUCCAUGGCCAGCUCCAUGGCCAGCUCCAGGCCCGGCUAGUGAAGACCCACUGUUUCCAGGAGCACGUCUUCCGUCGGCCCACCUGCUGCCAGCAAUGCAAACACGUGAUACAGGGGAACUCCAAGCAGGGUCUGCGCUGUAAAGCCUGUAAGCUGGGCGCCCACCUCUGGUGCUCCUCUGAGCUGUCCCAACAGCCCUGCACAGGAAAGACGGGGGCCUUUAAACGAAACUUCAGCUCCCCUCUCUUGACUAACGAUAUGUUAGGGGUGGUCAAGGAAGCUCUACCAUCGCAAGAGUCUGAUAAAGGGGGAAUUGACCCUGUGUAUGAGGCUCUGCGUUAUGGGACGUCGCUGGCACAGAUGAGUCGCUCUAGCUUCGGAAGCAUCACUGAGUCCCCCAUUCAUAAGGUGGAGAGAGUAGGGGAGGGACUGGAAACACAACCAAUCGCUGAGGAGGAGUUUGUCCCAGAGACUGAGACUCUCAAUCCUCCUGAAAGUGAGAAGGCUGAUUCAGAGGACAGGGUCAGUCUGAAGACUCCAAAGCGCAUCGAUGUCCACUCUGUACACACCUACGUGGCUCUGUACAAGUUCAUCCCUCAGGAGAAGAAUGAUCUGGAGUUACAGCCUGGCGAUCGAGUGCAAGUAACUGAUGACUCCAAUGAGGACUGGUGGAAGGGGAAAAGCAAAGACAAGCUGGGUUUCUUCCCCGCCAACUUUGUACAGAGAGUGCGCCCAGGUGAGCGUGUGUGGAAGGUCACGGGUGGUUUCCAUGGUGACCGUGACAGAGGGCAGAUGACUGUGAAAGAAUCUCAGAUCUGUGUGGGGAAGAACGAAGAGCUGGACGGUUUCCUAAAGCUGAGCAGUGGGAAGAAGAGAGGUCUAGUCCCUUCCAAGUACCUUCUAGAGAUAUGA